GCUCCGUCUGGUCUCUCUAGAGUCUCUAGGGUUUAAAGCAGGUUGCUCUCACAGUGAUUCGAAGGAAAAGCAUUGGUCUCUUUCUUCUUGCUGUUGCGAGCUUAAGAGAUUUCUUUGUCAUCACUCAAAGGGUUAGGGUUAGGGUUAGAGAUGCGAAGGAACAGUCCAGCGUACUACAGUCCUCCUCGGAGAGGAUAUGGUGGGAGAGGAGGGUCUGGUAGGAGGGGAUACGGUGGAGGUAGGCGCAGGGAAAACAGCAAUGGAAGCCUUUUGGUUCGGAACAUUCCCCUCGAUUGCAGACCCGAGGAGCUUCGAGUCCCUUUCGAGCGAUUUGGACCUGUUCGUGAUGUUUACAUACCAAAGGACUAUUACUCUGGAGAACCUCGAGGCUUUGCAUUUGUGCAGUUUGUGGAUCCUUAUGAUGCCUCAGAGGCACAAUACCAUAUGAAUAGACAAAUUUUUGCUGGAAGGGAAAUAUCUGUUGUCGUGGCUGAAGAGACAAGAAAAAGACCAGAGGAGAUGCGCCAAAGAUCUAGGUUCAGAGGACCGACAAGCUAUGGAGGGCGAAGGUCUUCUUAUUAUGGGCGCUCUCGGUCUCGCUCAAUUAGCAGAUCACGCUCGCCACCUUACCACUCUGGUUCUAGAAAUCGAUAUCGUUCAAGGUCCUAUUCUCCUGGUCCAAGACGGCAAAGUGACUACUCUGUUUCCCCUAGGAGGCAAGCAGAGCACCCUAGAUCACCAAGAGAUCCUCCCAGAGAGCGAGAUGGUGAUCAAAAGCAUAGAACAUAUUCUCCAGCUUAUGGAAAUGGGAUUGAACAGGAUCAAAGCAAUGGAUAUGCUGAGAAAUCUAUAUACAAGUCUGAGGCUGAUCGAGGCCAGUGGAAGUCAUCCUUACGUAGAGCAUCAAGAUCACCCCUAGGAUCUAGAUCAAGAUCUGUUGAUUUAUCACCCAGACAUGGAAGAUGAGGUUGCAGGUCAUUGGCAGUGUGCUGCUGGGCUUCUGUAUAUUUCCUUCAAUUUGUCAAGACUUAUAUAAAAACCCGUAUUUUGCUUAAAGUUGGCAAAUAUUAUGGAUGUAUAAUAUUUUAUUUGAUAUGCGUCUUUUUGAACAUUUUGCACUUACUAAGACUUAGCUUAGAAUCUGAAUCCUUGAAUGCUUGCUUUGAGCUUGUUCUAUGACCCUAUGAUUUCAAAUUUUCAAUUUAUGCAGUUGUAUG